AUGGCUUACGAAACUCUCCUGAACACCACCUACAGCCCAGCCGUGGUCUGCCAGAAGAAGAUCUACACACCCAAGAAGGCCGUGAAGAAGCUCUUCAAGGUGGCCUGCAAAAUCUUCAAGUCCUCGGGACAUCAAUCCCUGAAGGACACCAGCAUCACUAUUUCCACUCCCGUUCCGAAGGAGCUACCGCAACCCGUCUCCGAUGAGGAGUUGGAGAACUCCCUCAAUGAGCAACUGGAGGCUGAGCUCGUCCAACUGUGA